GUUGAGAUUGAUUCAUACCUUGAACACAGCCAACCCCUGUAGGAGCUCCCAUUUCUGCACGCCACUUCAUUGGUAAAUCCUGUGAUUAAAGCAAAUUUCAACAGCGUGUGUUUUGGAGGGACCGUGUGUAUGGAAUUUUCCCCACACUCCUCCUUCUUGUGACCCCAGAGGUUGAGGGUUUAAGCAGGCGAAUGAAAAUGGCAGGCGGGCUGAGCUGCGGCGGGAGGCGACGGGCAGCGGUGGGGGAGGCCGGAAGGUGACAGCUGACCUCAGGGAAACCUGGAGGUCUCGGGUGUCAAACGCAGGCCCGGACCUGGGAAUCAAGGGUGGUGGGAAAAGAACACUGAAAUGUUCCCAGGGUGGCAGCAAGCACUGGCAUUGCAUCUAAAACUGAGGGGGGAGGAACCCCAGUUAUUUAUUCAGUUUCCAACUCUGAAAGCGGAAGCGGCAAUAGCUUCAGUAGCGCUCGAAGCGGCGGCAGAGUUCCCAAGUUCAGGAUGAUUCUCACUUUCUUCUGGAUCUUUCGUGGAGGGUCCAGCCCUUCUUCUGGUUCUUUAGCAGGGGAAAGAUUUUAGAAAAUGUCCUCCCCCCUUCCACUCCUCACUUUCUCCAUGGAUAGUAUAGAAAAAUGUCUGCAAUUUAUAGUGGGGAAAACAACAGUAAUAAUUAUGAUACAGGCUCCUGGGUGAUUCCCACACGGAAUCAAUCAAUCCUCUGCCCAAGCCUUUUCAUUUCUUUCUUUGGGGCGAGGUGUCCGCUCCCCUCCGCUCCCCGCCCCCCGCCGCCCUCCCCGCGGCUCCCUUUCUCCGCCUCCUCGGCGAUUGCCAUCUGACAAGAUCUCCAAAUCAAAGUGAUAAAUCGCUCCAAACUUUUUUUGGCGGCGCUGAGAUGUUGGAGGGGCGUCUAGCGCGCAUGUGCGAAGGUGUCCAAACUGACAAUGCUGGAGAGAUAGCGAGUGUGGAUUGAGAGGAGGGGAGAGAGGGAGGGAGGGAGCGUGGAAGAGGGAAAGACAGAGUGAGAGUGUGGAAGUUGUGUGUGUGUGUGUGUGUGUGUGUGUGUGUGUGUGUGUGUGUGAGAGAGAGAGAGAGAGAGAGAGAGAGAGAGAGAGAGGAGAGAGAGAGGAGAGAGGAGAGAGGGAGGGAGAGGGAGAGCAAAAGAAGGAAAAGAUCCAAGAAAAAAAAAACCCAACCACACAGCAGCGGCUGCAGGACUGGGCACAGCAUGAGAUCCAAAGGCAGGGCAAGGAAACUGGCCACAAGUAAUGAGUGUGUGUAUGGCAACUACCCUGGGAUGCCUUUGGAAGAAGUGCCAGAUGCAGGCGGGGUAGGCAGUGCCCCCUGCCUCAGUGUCCAGGAGCCCUGCUCGCCCGCAGCGCCCAACGAGGAGUGCACCCCCAAGGAGGGCUCUCCUUACAAGGCCCCCAUCUACAUUCCUGAUGACAUCCCCAUUCCUGCUGAGUUCGAGCUCCGAGAGUCCAAUAUGCCUGGAGCAGGACUAGGAAUAUGGACCAAAAGGAAGAUCAAAGCAGGUGAAAAGUUUGGGCCCUACGUGGGGGAGCAGAGGUCAAACCUGAAAGAUCCCAGUUACGGAUGGGAGAUCUUAGAUGAGUUUUGUAAUGUCAAGUUCUGCAUAGAUGCCAGCCAGCCAGAUGUGGGAAGCUGGCUCAAGUACAUCAGGUUUGCUGGCUGUUAUGAUCAGCACAACCUCGUUGCCUGCCAGAUAAAUGAUCAGAUAUUCUAUAGGGUUGUCACAGACGUCGCACCAGGAGAGGAGCUUCUGCUUUUCAUGAAGAGUGAAGAUUACCCUCAUGAGACGAUGGCGCCGGACAUCCACGAAGAACGGCAAUAUCGCUGCGAAGACUGUGACCAGCUCUUCGAAUCCAAGGCUGAGCUAGCAGAUCACCAGAAGUUCCCGUGUGGUACCACUCACUCUGCGUUCUCCGUGGUGGAAGAGGACUUUCAGCAGAAACUCGAGAGUGAGAAUGAUCUCCAGGAGAUACACGCAGUCCAGGAGUGUAAGGAAUGCGACCAAGUUUUUCCUGAUUUGCAAAGCCUGGAGAAACACAUGCUGUCACAUACUGAAGAGAGAGAAUACAAGUGUGACCAAUGUCCCAAGGCCUUUAACUGGAAGUCCAAUCUAAUUCGCCACCAGAUGUCACAUGACAGUGGAAAGCACUAUGAGUGUGAGAACUGUGCCAAGGUGUUCACGGACCCCAGCAACCUGCAGCGGCACAUCCGCUCCCAGCACGUUGGUGCCCGGGCCCACGCCUGCCCCGAGUGCGGCAAGACCUUUGCCACUUCAUCAGGCCUCAAACAACACAAGCACAUCCACAGCAGUGUGAAGCCCUUCAUCUGUGAGGUCUGCCAUAAAUCCUAUACUCAGUUUUCAAACCUUUGCCGUCAUAAGCGCAUGCAUGCUGAUUGCAGGACCCAAAUCAAGUGCAAAGACUGUGGACAAAUGUUCAGCACUACGUCUUCCUUAAAUAAGCACAGGAGGUUUUGUGAGGGCAAGAACCAUUUUGCGGCAGGUGGAUUUUUUGGCCAAGGCAUUUCACUUCCUGGAACCCCAGCUAUGGAUAAAACGUCCAUGGUUAAUAUGAGUCAUGCCAACCCGGGCCUUGCUGACUAUUUUGGCGCCAAUAGGCAUCCUGCUGGUCUUACCUUUCCAACAGCUCCUGGAUUUUCCUUUAGCUUCCCCGGCCUCUUCCCUUCCGGCUUGUACCACAGGCCUCCUUUGAUACCUGCCAGCUCUCCUGGUAAAGGACUAUCAAGUACUGAACAGACAAACAAAAGUCAAAGUCCCCUCUUGACACAUCCUCAGAUACUGCCAGCUACACAGGACAUUUUGAAGGCACUCUCUAAACACCCCCCCGUAGGGGACCAUAAGCCAGUGGAGCUGCAGCCCGAGAGGUCCUCUGAAGAGAGGCCCCUCGAGAAAAUCAGUGACCAGUCAGAGAGUAGUGACCUUGACGAUGUCAGUACGCCAAGUGGCAGUGACCUGGAAACAACCUCGGGCUCUGAUCUGGAAAGUGACAUUGAAAGUGAUAAAGAGAAAUUUAAAGAAAAUGGUAACAUGUUCAAAGACAAAGUAAGCCCUCUUCAGAAUCUGGCUUCAAUAAAUAAUAAGAAAGAAUGCAACAGUCAUUCAAUUUUCUCACCAUCUUUAGAGGAGCAAACCGCGGUGUCAGGAGCUGUGAAUGAUUCUAUAAAGGCUAUUGCUUCUAUUGCUGAAAAAUACUUUGGUUCCACAGGACUGGUGGGGCUGCAAGACAAAAAAGUCGGAGCGUUACCUUACCCUUCCAUGUUUCCCCUCCCGUUUUUUCCAGCAUUCUCUCAAUCAAUGUACCCAUUUCCUGAUAGAGACUUGCGGUCGUUACCUUUGAAAAUGGAACCCCAAUCACCAGGCGAAGUGAAGAGACUGGCGAAGGGAAGCUCCGAGUCCCCCUUUGAUCUCACCAUGAAGCGGAAAGACGAGAAAGCCCUGACUCCAGUCCCCUCCAAGCCUGCAGUGACACCGGCCACGAGCCAAGACCAGCCCCUGGAUCUGAGUAUGGGCAGCAGGAGUCGGGCCAGUGGGACAAAGCUGACCGAGCCUCGAAAAAACCAUGUGUUUGGGGAAAAGGAAGGAAGCAGCACGGAAGGGAGGCCGGCGCCGGACGGCUCCCUGCAGCACGCGAGGCCCACUCCGUUCUUCAUGGACCCCAUUUACAGAGUAGAGAAAAGAAAACUAAGCGACCCACUUGAAGCUUUAAAAGAGAAAUACUUGAGGCCUUCUCCGGGAUUCCUGUUUCACCCACAAUUCCAACUGCCUGAUCAGAGAACUUGGAUGUCAGCCAUUGAGAACAUGGCGGAGAAGCUGGAGAGCUUCAGUGCACUGAAGCCGGAGGCCAGCGAGCUGCUCCAGCCGGUGCCCUCCAUGUUCAACUUCAGAGCGCCUCCCAGUGCCCUGCCCGACAGUGUUCUGCGGAAGGGCAAGGAACGCUACACCUGCAGAUACUGUGGCAAGAUUUUCCCAAGGUCUGCAAAUCUAACACGGCACUUGAGAACCCACACAGGAGAGCAGCCUUACAGAUGCAAAUACUGUGACCGGUCCUUCAGCAUUUCCUCCAACUUGCAGAGGCACGUUCGGAACAUUCACAACAAGGAGAAGCCAUUUAAGUGUCACUUGUGCGACAGGUGCUUCGGUCAGCAGACCAAUCUGGACAGACACCUAAAGAAACACGAGAACGGGAACAUGUCUGGCACGGCAACAUCGUCACCUCAUUCUGAGCUGGAAAGCGCGGGUGCGAUGCUGGAUGAUAAGGAAGACGCUUACUUCACAGAGAUUCGGAAUUUCAUUGGGAACAGCAACCACCGCAGCCAGUCUCCCCGGGACGCAGAGGAGAGAAUGAAUGGCCGACACUUUAAGGACGAGAAGGCCUUGGUGACCAGUCAAAGUUCAGACUUGCUGGACGAUGAGGAAGGCGAAGAUGAAGUGUUGCUCGAUGAGGAGGAGGAGGACAGUGAUCUGACUGGAAAAGCAGGGAAGGAGCCGGUGACGAGUGGUCUGCACAGAGGAGGCCCGGAGGACGACUACGAGGAGGCCAGCAGCCUGGAGAGGGGCUGCAAGACGCCCCCUGGGAGGUAUAAAGAGGAAGAAUAUAAAACUGGACUUUCUGCUCUAGAUCAUAUAAGGCACUUCACAGAUAGCCUCAAAAUGGGGAAAAUGGAAGAUAAUCAGUACGCCGAGGCCGAGCUCUCUUCUUUCAGCGCUUCCCACGUGCCCGAGGACCUCAAGCAGCCACUGCACAGAAAAUCCAAGUCACAGGCGUACGCUAUGAUGUUGUCCCUGGCGGACAAGGAGCCCCUCCACCCCGCAUCACACAGCUCUCCCACCGUGUGGCACAGCAUGGCACGGGCUGCAGCGGAAUCCAGCGCCAUCCAGUCCAUCAGCCACGUAUGACCUUCCCAAGGCCAGCCAGAGCGGGACCAAGUCCAGCAGCGUGUGGCUCUUUCCCGGGGACUCUGUACAAGACUGCUGAGCAGAAUGCCUUACAACCCUGAAGGGUCACUCGUCUGGUCUGGCGACCUUAAACUGAGUGAUUAAAUAAGAGAAAGAAAGAAAAGAAAGAAAAACUAUUUAUUCUUGAUAUUUUGUUUUGCACAGCGAAGGCAGCUGCUGACUUCUGGAAGAUCAAUCAGUGGGACUCAAAGUGACUUGAUAAAAAUGAAAACCUUGCUGGGCGGAGGCGUCUUCCAGUUUACCCUGCCAAGGGUGUGGGUGUGAGGGGGCAGCUGGGAUGGCAGCAUUGAUAUGAAUGAAUACUCCAUAUAAACUGAAGUCUUUUUUGUACAAGAUCACCUGACAUGAUUGGGAACAGUUGCUUUUGAUUACAGAUUUAAUUCUUUGUUAAGGUUUCAUGUAAUUUAACCCUUUGAAGAAGGGAGUAACUGGAUGAGGUGCACAGUCAAUUAUUGUAGAAGCUGAUAACAGGGAAGACUUGUUCCCCAUUAACUUUUUUGCCUUCUUAAGUACAUUAUUUAAAACUAGGGAGAAAAAGUAUGUGUAAAUUGUGAACUCGGAUGUCCACGCUCAGAGAGGUUAAGUCAGUGAAGGGACCUGUCUGUCACCAGUACCGCUGUACCACUAAUAACGUGUUUGCCAAAUCCUUGUAAUAACAUCUUAAUUUUAGACAAUCAUUUCACUGUUUUUUAAUGUUUAAUUUUUUUGCGUCGUGUGUAUCAUGUAUUUAUUUGUGGCAAACGAUUGUUUGUUGAUGAAAAUACUAUAGCACUGUCCCAGUCCGCCACUGCUUCCCGACGUCUGAGGCACCCCUCUCUCUGACUUCAAGGACCAAGGUGACUGAUUCGACCUGCGUAGGGGAGUGCCGGAUGCUGUUUGGCUUUUCUUAACAUUCCUUGUUUUGUUGUUUUGUUUUCCUUCUUAAUGAACUAAAUACGAAUAGAUGCAACUUAGUUUUUAUAAUACUGAAAUCGAUUCGAUUGUAUAAACGAUUAUAAUUUCUUUCAUGAAGGCAUGAUUCUUCUGAUUAAAAACUGCACCCCACAUUUUAUGCUGGUCGUCUGCAAGCUCGUGCGAUGUUAUGUUCAUGUUAAUCCUAUCUGUAAAAUGAAGUGUCCCCGACCUUAUGUUAAAAGAGAGAAGUACGUAACAGACUAUAUUCAGUUAUUUUGCCCUUUAUUGAGGAACCAGAUUUGUUUUCCUUUUGUUUGUAAUCUCAUUUUGGAAUAACCGGCAAGUCAAGGUACUUUCUUCAAAUGCUUUGUACAGUGUAAACUGUUAUGCCUUUCAGCGCAUUACUAUGGGAAGAGCAACUAAAAAAUAAAGACUUACAAAAA